CAUUGGCUGGCAGUCGCUCGCUCGUACACACGCAGCACCAUGCCCGAAGCCAUUGCCACCACCAAGCGCAAAUUCUACAAAGCCCUCGAUGCGCUGACCAACCCUACGCCCGCGGCAGCUUCACUCGAUGCCGCAUCCACCGCCAACAACAAGCGGAGCUCAGCUGCAGCCGCCGCCUUUGACGAUGCCCGAGAACGAGCUCGCAAGAGGCUUCGUCACUCGACCUCGACGACAUCCUUGAACGAUAUCACUGCCAACACGUCCGUCUCAUCUCACUCACACCCGUCGCCGUUGAAGCUGCAGCCCAAGAGCAGCGUUGAACCCAAAGCACUUCCCAAUUACUCUCCCUGGUCGCAGGAGACUUUCCUUGCCCGGCUGAAGACGUAUAGCAGCGUGAGCACGUGGCAUCCCAAGCCGGAUCCUAUCAGUGAGGUGGAAUGGGCGAAGAGGGGUUGGGUUUGUGUCGAUGUGAACACGGUCGCGUGUCGAGGAGGGUGCGAGAAACGAGUGGUCGUCAGCCUGGACACAACGCCACGCCCAUCGCAAAAUGAAGACGAGAACAAGCCGAACGAUGAAGUAGACGAGGACGAAGACGAGAUUGCCGCUGCUCUGGAAGAAGCUCUAGCAGAGCGGUACAAGGACGAAAUCAUCAAUGGCCACUCCAGUUCCUGCAUGUGGUACAAAGCCGGCUGCAAAGACGACAUUUACCGCCUACCUGUUGUCCGAUCCUCAGUCUGGCAGCCCGAGCUAUCCCAGCGCUUCCGAAGUCUAUUACGAAUGAGUAGCUCCAUCGAUAAAAUCAGAACCAAAGCGCUCGAAUCAACAUCCCCGCCGGAGAAACUUUUGAAAGAGCUCCCUAAAGACAUCGUCGACCCUGCAGACAUCACACAUCCCUGCUCAGUCAAAGCCCUUCAAAUAGCGCUGCACGGCUGGCGAGGCGCUCCCGAAUCUGGUAAUGACCUAUUGUACUGCGAUGCUUGCUUUCAACGUGUUGGACUAUGGAUGUAUCAGCCAGAAUACAUUGCUUCACGCCGGCGACCUUCAACGACCGAUGACGAAGCAGAUGACGCGAGCGUGGACCUUGUUGAGAUGCAUCGCGACCACUGUCCGUGGCGCAAUGCUGAAAUGCAGAAAGCGACAGGCAGUUUGGCAGGACUGAAUGCUGCUGAAAUCUUGCAUAGAGUGGUAGCAACAGCCUGCAGAGAUCAUAGGCGGCGAUCGCACGAGCCUCUGCCAACCGUGGGCGCGAGCGAGCAGGAUCAGGAAGGAGACGAUUCGUCAACAGAAGCACCAACUUUGACGAGGGAGGAAGUGGCGAAACAGGACAAGGAACGCGAAAGUAGGAUGAGGAAACUGAAGAACCUCUUCAAUAUUAAGAGGAAGUCGUUCAGUGCGUUGCCCGCUCGAAACGCGGCUUGACAUUAGGAAAUGCAAAUUGGCUGCGAGCUA